GAUGAGAUUGAGGAGCUGCGCGCUGAGAUGCUGGAGAUGAGGGACGUCUACAUGGAGGAAGAUGUCUACCAGCUGCAGGAGCUCCGGCAGCAGCCGGACCAGGGCAAAAAGGCAAUGAGAAUCCUGCAGCAUCGUGUUAGGGCUGGAGAAGGCAGGGUUUGCCCCGUGUACACUGCACCCAGCUUGGUGAUAGCCCCAUUGUGUCACCAGGUGGCCAAGGACGUCUCCGUGCGGCUCCACAAUGAGCUGGAGGUGGUGGAGAAGAAGAGGAUCAGGCUGGAGGAGGAGAACGAGGACCUGCGCCAGCGGCUCAUCGAAACGGAGCUGGCCAAGCAGGUGGUGCAGAACGAGAUGGACAAGCUCCGAGAGAAUUCCCUGAAGAAACGGGGGUCUCGCUCCAUCGGGAAGACCGAGAAGAAACCAUCAGUGCAGGAGGACAGCGCAGAUCUGAAGUGCCAGCUGCAUUUCGCCAAGGAGGAGUCAGCCCUGAUGUGCAAGAAGCUGACUAAGCUGGCCAAGGAGAACGAUGGCAUGAAGGAGGAGCUGCUCAAAUACAGGUCCCUGUAUGGCGACCUCGACAGCUCCCUCUCGGUGGAGGAGCUGGCUGACUCCCCCCAUUCCCGGGAAGCCGAGUUGAAGGUCCACCUCAAGCUGGUGGAGGAGGAAGCCAACAUCCUCAGCCGGAGGAUAGUGGAGCUGGAGGUAGAAAACCGUGGGCUGCGGGCAGAGAUGGACGACAUGAAGGGCCAGGGGGACAGAGAGCUGCCGGGGCAGGACUCACGGUUCCUGGCGGGCGUUUCGGGCUGCGGGGACGCAGGGGACACGGUGGCAGAGCUGCGCCGGCACCUGCAGUUCGUGGAGGAGGAGGCCGACCUACUGAGGCGCUCGCUGCUGGAGCUGGAGGACCAGAACAAGCUCCUCCUGAACGAGCUGACCAAGUACAAGUCGGACCACGAGCUGGACGUGACGCUGUCGGAGGACAGCUGCUCGGUGAUCAGCGAGCCCUCGCAGGAGGAGCUGGCCACGGCCAAGGUGCAGAUCAGCGAGCUGAGCGGCAAGGUGAAGAAGCUGCAGUACGAGAACCGCGUGCUGCUCUCCAACCUCCAGCGCUGCGACCUGGCCUCCUGCCAGACCACCCGGCCCAUGCUGGAGACCGACGCCGAGGCCGGCGACUCGGCACAGUGCAUCCCCACCGCCGGCUGGCGGGACGGGAUGGGCAGCAGCGACGCUGACGGGCAGGACAGGGUGCCCGGUGGUGGAAAGGCACCCGAUGGUCCCACCAGGCUGCUCAAGGCCAAGGACCUGGAGACCUUGCUGGGCAUCCGGGACCAGGCGGCGCUCGUCAGUAAAGCGAUCGACGUCUUGAUUUCGGAUGCCAAUGGCUUCACCUCCGGGCUGAAGGCUUGCUUGGACAACGAGUGCACGGGGGCGCUGCUGGGUGAGGCGGUGGGCAGCGGCAGCGAGAGCCCCAGCGAUGCCAAGCUGAUGAACGUGCUCCUCAUGCGGCUGGGCGUGCUCCAGCAGGACCUGGGCUGCUUCACAAGGAAGGUGGACCACCUCACCGGCGGCCUCCAGGAGCAGAUGGGCUCUGGGCUGCAGAAGGAGCACGCCUCCGACUUCCAGCAAACCCCGAUCCCCGACGUAACCUCCCUCCUGCCUCUCCAGAGCAAAACCCAAACUAACACCUCGCUGCAUGCCAGUGGCACCGGGGACAAGCAGCCUGAUUUUAGGGACGCCGACCCUUACCGCAUCCCCCAUGCCAAGGACACGGACCCCACGCAUCCCCGGAGCUACAAAACCUGCCGGCCUGAGGAGAACGACUCCUAUGCCACCGAGAUGAAGGAGCUGCAGCUGGUGCUGUCGGAGGCCAACGAGAGCCUGCGGGGACUGCAGGAGCAGCUCUCACAGGAGAGGCAGCUGAGGAAGGACGAGGUGGACAACUUCUCACAGAAGAUCUGCCAGCUGAAGGAGGACCAUCAGAAAGCUCUGCUACGGCGGGAAUUUGAGCUGCAGAGCCUGAACCUGCAGAGGCGUCUGGAACAGAAGUUCUGGAGCCAGGAGAAGAACCUGCUGGUGCAGGAGUCACAGCAGUUCAGGCAGAGCUUCCUCCUGCUCUUCAUGAAGCUCAAGUGGUUCCUCAAGCGCUGGCGCCAGGGCAAGAUGGUGCACAGUGAAGGCGAGGACUUUUUGGAGGUGAACAGCAUGAAGGAGCUGUACCUGCUGCUGGAGGAGGAGGAGCUCGCCCCGCAGCAGCAGGCGGACAACAAGACGUGCACGGGGGAUGCCUGGACCCCCAACACGCCCAACGAGUGCAUCAAGACGCUGGCAGACAUGAAGGUGACCCUGAAGGAGCUGUGCACAGAGCUGCGGGAGGAGCGGCGUGGUGCCAGUGAGCUGCAGCAGCAGUUCACCAAGGCCAAGGCUGCCUGGGAGAUGGAGCGCGCCGAGCUCAAGUGCCACAUCGCCCAGCUGGAGUCGAAGGCAGGCAAAGGGAUCACAGAGCGCACGCUGCCAGACUGGAAGGUGGCAUUGAAGAGGGAGCGUGAGGAGCACCAGCAUCUCCUGGCCGAGUCCUACAGUGCCGUCAUGGACCUCACCAAGCAGCUGCAGAUCAGCGAGAAGAACUGGAACCAGGAGAAGGUGGAGCUGCUGGCCCGCUUCAAGGAGGAGCAGCAGCAGGCAGAGCAGCAAGCGAAGGACCUGCAGAACAAACUCAACCAGUUGCAGAAAGGAACCAGCCCAUGGGCAUUGAAGCACUCUGAAAUGGAGAAGCAUGGCAGCAACUGGAAAGAGGCUCUCAAUGAAAAAAUUACAGACAAAGAGACAAUCUCUGAAGCAGAAGCCAAGGGAACCAACCUCAAAAGGACCAAGUCUGUUUCCUCCAUGUCAGAGUUUGAAAGCUUGCUCGACUGUUCUCCCUACCUCCCUGGAAAGACCGCGCCAGGGCUGGGCGACCAUUCCCGAGGCAAAAAGGCAUCCACGGCCACCCAGAUGUUGCCCAAUGGAAUCCGGGACAACGCUGGCAUUCCUCCCUCAAACUGUACAUAUGUGAAUAUUGAGCAACCUGGCCCCGACAGCCUGGCCAAGGAGAAGCUGGGCAUCUCCUCCUGGGACUACUCGCAAGCAAGCAGCCUCUCCGGGCAUGAUCAAGCCCAGAAGCAAAUGCAGAGGAGCUACACAGCGCCUGACAAGACAGGGAUCCGCAUCUACUACAGCCCACCGGUGGUGCGGCGGUUGGAGGCGCCUCUGGUGCACAACAAGGAGGGGAAGAUCAUGAUCGAACCUGGUUUCUUGUUCACCAUGGCCAAACCGAAGGAGCCAGAGGAGUCAGCCAGCGCCGAGAGCACCUACAGUCAGUGGCUGUGCAACUUCUCCAAGCAGCAGCGGGAGCUGCUGGAUGGCGGCACAGUGGAGAGCACGGUGCCACCAGUGCCCCGCUUCCCCCCAUCACUGCACGACCUGGAGAUCUCUGGCAACAUGAGUGAUGACAUGAAGGAGAUCACCAACUGCGUGCGGCAGGCCAUCCGCUCCAGCUCGCUGGAGAGGAAGGUGAAAAGCACCUCCAGCCAGACGGUGGGGCUGGCCCAUGUGGGGACACAGACCAUCCAGACAGUGAGCGUUGGCCUGCAGACCGACCUGCCACGCAGCAGUGGCAUGCAUGGCAAGAGCUGGUCCCCACGCAGCUCCUCCCUUGUGUCCGUGCGCAGCAAGCAGAUCUCCUCCUCCCUGGAUAAAGUCCACUCCAGGAUCGAGCGGCCGUGCUGCUCCCCAAAAUACGGCUCUCCAAAGCUCCAGAGGAGGUCUUCCUCCAAGCUGGACGCCUCCAAGGACAGGAGCCUCUGGAACCUGCACCAGAGCAAGCAAAACGGCUCUGCCUGGGCCCGUUCCACCACCACCCGUGACAGCCCUGUCCUCAGCAAUAUCAAUGACGGCUUGUCCAGCUUGUUCAGCGUGGUGGAGCAUGCGGGCAGCACCGAGUCCAUCUGGAAGCCGGGCUGCCCUGAGAGCGGCCGGGCCAAGCCAGAAGCACCCAAGUACGGCCUCGUGCAGGAGUUCUUCAGGAACGUCUGCGGGCGGGCACAGAGCCCCACCGCCCCCCCGGAGAAGAAGGAGGCCACUGGGGAGGAGGGCAGCAAGAGAGCUGAGCACCCCAGCCCAGCCACCCACCACCCGGCUGAAAACAUCUCCCGUGUCUUGAACAAGAAAGUCCUCAAGCAGAGCAGCUACGAGGACCCCAAGCCCUCAUCCCCCGGCCAGGGGAGGAGGGAUGCAGCCCUGCGGGACCCCGACCUCAUCUCGGCCAUAGCCAGCGAGGACACGGCGUGUGACUGCAGCUCCCAGUCCCUCACCUCCUGCUUCGCCCGGCCGUCCCGUUCCACCGUCCGCCAUUCCCCCUCCAAGUGCAAACUGCACCCCACGGACCCCCCCAGGGCGGAGGAGAAGCCGGGGGCCUCGAGUGAGUGA